GAAUCUUAGAAGUCAAAAACUACACAUAAAAAGCCAAACACUCCACGCCAACCUAUCUACCUCCCAUUCAUUCACAACAAGACACUGAAGAAUAACCGAUUUCAUGGCACAAGACAAUGGAAGAACAGACAUAGAGCCGGAGAAACAGAGCCUCCUGAACGAGCACAAGGAGAAACAUUUCACCGCGGGAGAGAUCGUUCGCGACAUCAUAAUCGGUGUUUCCGAUGGUCUAACCGUUCCCUUCGCGCUCGCCGCCGGAUUGUCCGGAGCAAAUGCCUCUUCAUCAAUCGUUCUCACGGCCGGUAUCGCCGAAGUCGCCGCCGGUUCUAUCUCCAUGGGACUCGGGGGGUAUCUGGCGGCUAAAAGCGAAGCCGAUCAUUACGCAAGGGAACUGAAAAGGGAGCAGGACGAGAUCAUCGCUGUUCCUGAUACAGAGGCUGCUGAGGUAGCGGAAAUCCUGGCGGAGUACGGAAUAGAGCCACACGAAUAUGGGCCUGUGGUGAAUGCUCUGAGGAAGAGGCCUCAAGCGUGGCUUGAUUUCAUGAUGAAGUUCGAACUGGGACUAGAGAAGCCGGAUCCAAGAAGAGCGCUUAUAAGUGCUUUCACCAUCGCCAUUGCUUAUGUCUUGGGUGGAUUGGUGCCCCUCAUUCCUUACAUUUUUAUUCCAAAAGCUACAGACGCGAUGGUUGCAUCAGUAAUCGUAACCUUGUUGGCAUUGUUAAUAUUUGGCUAUGCAAAAGGUUAUUUCACUGGCAAUAAACCGGUGAUAAGUGCUUUCCAAACUGCUCUUAUAGGUGCCAUUGCGUCCGCAGCUGCUUUCGGCCUGGCAAAGGCCUUCCACCCUUAGCCAUGAAAAGCUAGACUUGUUAGUAAAGUAGCUUAUUUAUGCAGUUUCCCCUCAACGUCUGAAUGUUUCGAAUGUUUUUACUACAAUUCUGUGGGCAGACUAUCAUUCCUCAUUCUAAAUUAGGCGUCCAUGUGGUUGAUCCCCAAAAAAUGACUAUAUUUUAUCAUAAAAAUUAUUUUCCUUU